GAGGGGGGUACUCGGAGUAGCCGACGACCCAAGUAUCCGGCAGUGUGGAGGCAGCCCAGUGUUGCCAGUUGGCACUUCCUCACAGCUGCCAGCAUUCAAUGGCAUAAUAUAGCUAGGUGAUGAAGGUGAUCCAAAGGCAAUUAAAGAUACGGUCCGGGUAGGCGUUUGCACGCUUUGGAGUAUCCACUGGCACUGCUGUUGGAUCGUUCACUGGUUCAUGUCAGGUGCGUAUAUAUUUCUGGUCAUUUUCCUACUCUUCCAUUCAUCUCCUUCUCAAACCCAAAACUUGUCUCCCUUUCCUUACGCACGUUUACGCCUCAAGAAGCCACGAUGAAGAGGAUCUCCCUCACACCAACGAUCCUCUGUGCCGCACUCUUCCUGAGCCUGUCGGUCAACCAGGCCCUAGCGGCCUGCUCCGGAACCUGCAUUGACACUACACAGUGCGCCAACAAGGGUGGAACCAGCACCGCUGGCCUGUGCCCCGGCGCUGCCAACAUCCAGUGCUGCACGCCCAAAUCCUGCACCGCCAAUGGACAGACCGGGACCUGCAAGGACAUCUCCACAUGCUCUGGAACCAAGACUGCAGGUCUUUGCCCCGGUCCUUACAACAUCCAGUGCUGCACCUCUGGCUAUGGCACCUGUUCCGUGAACGGCCAGGCCGGAACCUGCAAGGACACCGCCCAGUGCACCGGAACCCACACCCCGGGAUAUUGCCCCGGGCCCUCAAACAUCCAGUGCUGCACUGCGAGCACGCCUUCUUCCGGGGGGGGCAGCUCGAUUGUCACCUGGGGCAGGACUCAGGUCGGGAAGGUUCCUUACUCCUGGGGGGGAGGCCACGGUGGAUCGCCUGGUCCUACUCACGGUUGUUGUUCCACCGGCCCCACGUGCGGCUACCAUGGCCCCCAGCCCUGCCCCGCCAGCUCUACCACCGGCUUCGACUGCUCGGGCUUCACCCGCUGGGCCGUCUGGAAGGCACGUGGCUCCGACGUGCUCGGGUCCGGGGGCACCAGCGGCCAGGAGGCGCGCCUUGGCGGGAAACAGGUCACGCGCGCGCAGCUCCAACCGGGCGACCUCAUCUUCUACGGACCCGUCGGAUCUACUUACCACACCGCCAUCUAUGUGGGCAGCACCCAGCUCGAGGCGCCCGAGACCGGGCAGAUGGUCUCCGAAAAGGCCUUCCGGGCCGGUGACCGUUACUACCGGGUGUAAUCUCAGCGGUGUGAGGCAGGCGCACAGUGCCCGGUACGUACCAGCGUUCGGCCGGGGGGUUUUAACGCGCUGUUUGGAAAUGUUUAGCUCCUAGCGAUUGUCAUGAGCGUCAGUGGUUUGAGAGGGUGGAUGUAUGGCAGACUCGAUUGAGCGCAGAUCAGCUAAUUUCACAAAGAAGUGAAAUCGAAUAAGCGGCGCAGCAAGGCGCAAAAAUCAUAUAUUGCCAUCGGUCCUGUCUUUAAUAACUUUGCUUAAAUUUUGACCAAAUCAUCAUUGAUCAUCUAAAGGACCAAACUUGAUUUUGUCAUCGUAUAUACAUGCCAAGUCGGAGGCCGGAGCCUAGCUUUUUAUCAAGCCCCUCUUCAGAGUAAGAC